AUGGGACCAGUUAGUGAGCAAGCUCAAAUGCAAAAAGUAGCAGACCUACUAAUAGAAGGAUCACAAGAGUGGGACCUGGAGAAGAUUGCUGACACCGUUCCGGGCUAUAAACACAGAAUUACUAGCCUGAGACCAAGCAAACUGGGAGGCAAAGACAAAUGGGCAUGGUUACCUUCGAGCUCUGGGGUCUACACGGUGAAGUCUGGAUACUAUAUGGCUCUACACGAGGAACCCAAGGAUAACCCAGAGUCACAGACUACAACAGCAUACAAUUGGAAAGCAAAACUCUGGAGAAUCAAGUGCUCUCCAAAAAUUAAAAUCCUCCUAUGGAAAGCCCUCCAUGAUGCCUUACCAGUGGGAGAGAACCUGAAACACCGACAGAUCAAUAUGGAAGCAAAAUGUAUUCAUUGUGGGGAAGAGGAAACGACUCUACAUCUCUUUUUUAAAUGUCACUUUGCAAGAGAAAUCUGGAACGCUAGUCCCUGUGAGGGAUUGAUGAAUGUAGAUCGACUGACUACUUUCCAGCAGGGGUUUGAAGCAGCUAAGAGUCUAAAAUGCUUACCUCCGGUAGGACUUGGGGAAGGAAACCUAACUCCAUGGAUAUUCUGGGCUAUUUGGCAUAGUCGAAACAAAAGGAUAUUUGAGGAUAAAGAGCUACAGCCCAUGGAGAUCAUUACACAAGCUACCGUAAGAGCAAAAGAGUGGACAUAUAAUCAGAUCAAGUCGAAUCAGCCAACGAAGGUACAGGAACCGCCAGAUCUGAUCACGGUAGAUGGGAACACUAUAAGAUGCAACUCGGAUGCGGCAUGGAAUACAAGCAAACAAGCAGGACUAGGCUGGAUCUCCAAGAACCAUCGCGGAAUCACUGUGGACCAAGGAUCCACACCGGUGUCUAAUGUUCACACUCCGCUUGUAGCCGAAGGACUGGCUAUGCUGCAAGCUGUAACCUCGGCCUCAAAUCUGGGACUCACCCACUUAAUCUUUGCUUCUGACUCGAUAAAUCUGGUCAAAGCCAUUAAAUCGGAGAACCAACCAAAGGAACUCCACGGGAUUCUCUGCGAUAUCCUGAAGAUCUCUCAAUCUUUCUCUCAUGUUUCUUUUCGUUUCAUUCCCCGUUCAAACAAUGUCGAAGCCGAUUGUUUGGCCAAAAACGCUUUAGCUUCUUCUGUAAUGGGCCUAGCCCACUAA